UCUUUGUUGAAAUGUCUAUUGAGUUCCUUUCCUUAUUUUUACUUGGGCUAUAUGGGUUGUCUUUUUAUCGAAUUGCAAAUGUUCUUUGUAUGCUUCAGAUACCAGUUCUUUAUCCAAUAUAUGCUUUGCAAAUAUUUUCUUCCAUUCUGUGGCUUAUGUUUUCACUUUCUGGAUGGUACCAUUUGCACAAAAGUUUACAAUUCUGAUGUAAUCCAGAUUUAUUCUUUCUUUCGUUGCUUACGCGGUUGGUGUUAUAUGUAAAAAACCAUUUCUUAAUCCAAGGUCAAAUAUUUGUUCCUAUGUCUUCUUCUAAAAGUUCCAUAGAUUUUAACUCUUACAUUGAGACUUAUGAUCAGUGAGCAUUGUGAUUUAAUAUUUUUCCAAUAAAGAUCUUUUUAAACAACUUUAACAUGAAUUGAAGUAAAAAACGAGCAAAUUAUCUUGAGAAUUUGGACCAAAAUAAAUCCUUUCAAAAUCAAAAUCAAUCUCUGUCAUUAAGAUGUUACUCAUCACAUUUGGGUUUUAGUGUAUUUUUCUACAUACACAAUCCCCCUUAAACCCCAUAGUUAGGAAGUUUUUACAUAUGAAAUGUUACAUAUGAAGACUGUGAGACCCAGAGAGAGAUGGAAAGGCUUGGUCUUCCCUGAUAAUAAGGCUCAGAGGGCCAAGUAACAUGCAGCUGCUGCCACAGGCAGAAACUUGGACACUAAGUCAGAGCCAGAGCUCUGCCAUUUGUAAGAGGCUACUAAUACAUUUAUUUGUUAGCUAAAAGUUACCUGGAACUCAGUGUCCUCCUCCAUAACAUGGUAACAGGAAUACAGCCCUUCAAUGACGAAAUGAUAUAUGCAAAGCUUUUGGGCCAUAACAGAUGUACAAUAAGCAGUAGCAAUUAUAAUGGUAGCCUUUACUAUGGAAUUUCUAGUUCGGCAUCCCUGCACCCACAACGCUGUAUGGUCAUUUCCCAAGAAGGUUGCCCUUCUUCCAGGAGGGUCCAGAGUUCUCGAAACUCUGCCUGUGAUCUCCUAUUUCUGUCCUGGUACUUGUGAAGCCAUGUCCAGAUGGUUUCAACAGCAUUUUUCAGGCAAGUAGGAGUAGUGUGGGGCAGAGAAGAGUCCUCGUGCAGGUUGGGGCCACACCCAGAACUGCUGGACGCCCCUGCGCGCCCCACCCGGGCCAGGAGAGGAGCCUGGUUCCUUUUCCUCAGAAUCUGAGUCCUGGCCGUCGGGUCCACGGGUCUAAAGCGCCCAGACCGCCUCCCCCGCUGGCGUAGCCACCUAACGCUCCCAGCGCCGGUUUGCCAGAUCCCGUCAGGCCUCUUGGCGCGCUCGCCACGACCUUUGACCAGCCUGAGGACUAGGAUUCCCCACUCCGGCCGGGCCCGCGAUGACGGCGACGCUGAUCCUGGAGCCCGCGGGCCGCUGCUGCUGGGACGAGCCGGUGCGCAUCGUCGUGCGCGGCCUGGCGCCCGAGCAGCCCGUCACGCUGCGCGCGUCCCUGCGCGACGAGAAGGGCGCGCUCUUCCGGGCCCACGCGCGCUACCGCGCCGACGCCGCCGGCCAGCUGGACCUGGCGCGCGCGCCCGCGCUGGGCGGCAGCUUCGCGGGGCUCGAGCCCAUGGGGCUGCUCUGGGCCCUGGAGCCCGAGAAGCCAUUCUGGCGCCUUCUGAAGCGCGACGUGCGGACGCCGUUCGCCGUGGAGCUGGAGGUGCUGGACGGCCACGGGCCCGAGGCCGGGCGGCUGCUGGGCGGGGCGGUGCACGAGCGCGACUUCCUGCCGCCCGGGGUGCGGCGGGAGCCGGUGCGCGCGGGCCGGGUGCGCGCCACGCUCUUCCUGCCGCCAGAACCUGGGCCCUUUCCUGGGAUUGUGGACAUUUUUGGACUUGGAGGUGGCCUCCUGGAGUACCGAGCUAGUCUGCUGGCUGGGAAAGGUUUUGCUGUGAUGGCUCUGGCUUAUUACAACUAUGAAGACCUCCCCACGGGCAUUGAGAACCUCCACCUGGAGUACUUUGAAGAAGCUGUCAACUACCUGUGCAAUCACCCUCAGGUAAAGGGUCCAGGAGUCGGACUGCUUGGAACCUCCAAAGGGGGUAAUCUCUGCCUUUCCAUGGCCUCUUUCCUGAAGGGCAUCACGGCUGCUGUCAUAAUCAACGGAUCCGUGGCCAAUGUCGGGGGAGCCUUACACUACAAGGGCGAGACCUUGCCCCCUGUGGGCGCUAACAAAAAUAGAAUCAAGGUGACCAAAGAUGGCUUUGUAGACAUGGUGGAUGUCCUGAACAGCCCUUUGGAAGGACCUGACCAGAAGAGCUUCAUUCCUGUGGAAAGGGCUGAGAGCACCUUCCUGUUCCUUGUAGGUCAGGAUGACCACAACUGGAAGAGUGAGUUCUAUGCUCAUGAGGCCUCUAAACGCUUAGAGGCCCAUGGGAGGGAAAAGCCCCAGAUCAUCUGUUAUCCAGGGGCAGGGCACCAUAUUGAGCCUCCUUACUUCCCCUUGUGCCGGGCUUCCCCAAACACCUACAUGAGCAGUCCUAUCAUCUCGGGAGGAGAGCCCAGGGCUCAUGCCAUGGCCCAGGUGGAUGCUUGGGAGCAACUCCAGAGUUUCUUCCACAAACAUGUGGGUGGUAGAGAGGGGACAGUCCCAGCAAAAUUGUAAUUUUUAUUUGAUUGUGUGGCAUUUCUGAUGCUAACCUAUCCCAGGAACAGCUUCCACAAUGGGUGUGUGUAUGUAUAUUCUUUUUUUCUUUUUAACAACUACUUAGAGUUUUUCCCCCUUCAUUGUUAAAAUGAAGUUACCAGUGAGAAUGAGUUUUUAAAAUUAUUAUAAACUGUAGAGUUUA